UCUUGUUCUGACAGGCACAGGAAAUACAAUCGUCUGGCGUGUGCGCAUGCUCAAAUAGUUUCCAACAAAAACAAACGAAAAUACUUAUUCGGAGUUUUAUCGUAUUUAAAUCAACAUCAGAAUGUCUUACAGAGAUUUGCGAAACUUCACUGAGAUGAUGAGGGCACUAGGAUAUGUGCGCCUGAUUUCUAUGGAAAAUUUCAGAAACCCAAACUUUCCCUUAGUUGCUGAAGUUCUCAAAUGGCUGGUUAAGAGAUAUGAUCCGAGCGCAGAUAUAAAUGGGGACACAGACACUGAACAAGACAGAAUCAUCUUUAUCAAAUCUGUAGCAGAAUUCAUGGCAACAAAAGCUCAUAUUAAACUGAAUACAAAGAAGUUGUACCAAGCUGAUGGUUAUGCUGUUAAAGAACUGAUCAAGGUCACUUCAGUUCUCUACAACGCCAUGAAAACUAACACAGCAGAUCAAGCCGACCUGGCCGAGGAGGAAGAUAGCACACCCAUGUCGUUCGACAUAUCCUCCAGGAUAAGUGAGUUGAAAGAAGCUCGUAGAUUGGCAUCAGAGAUCACAUCUAAAGGUGCUGGUCUCUAUGAUCUACUUGGCAAGGAAGUAGACCUGAGGGAACAAAGAACAAUAGUGAUAGCCAAGCAGCUGGAGAUCAAUGAAGUAGAGACCAGUCUCGGAGCAUCUAUAAAGGCUGUAGAGAAUGAGAUCCGAAAGACAUUAAACAUGUUGGAUAAUGUAGCAUCAGAUGAAGCAAAUCUUGAAGCGAAGAUUGAGAAGAAGAGAAAUGAAUUGGAGAGAAACCAGAAAAGAUUACAGACCUUACAGAGUGUUAGACCGGCAUAUAUGGAUGAAUACGAGAAAUUAGAAGAAGAUUUACAGAAACUUUACGAUGCCUAUCUUAUAAGAUUCCGCAAUCUCACCUACCUAGAAUCCCAGUUAGAGGACUAUAAUAGGGUGGAACAAGAUAAAUUUGAGGAGACAGAAACAGCUUUAAAACAAAUGGCUAACAGAUUAAAGAGUGAAGAGAAGGAGAAUCUCUUCCUUGACCAUAGAGAAGAAGGGUCUGAUGAUGAUGAUGAGAGUUCAGGCAGUGAAGACGAUGAUGAUGAUGAUGACCUUGGAGGUGGAGGUCGGCCCAUUGCCAGGAGAAACAGACCAGAUGCUGGUUUAUCAAUGCAGACAGCUGCAGGAGCUGGAGGUCGUGUCAAGGGUAACAUGAUGGGUGAUAUAAGUGAGGAGUCGGACGACUCCGGAGAUUCGGACAUCGAUCUGGAUGAAGAUGACCAGGAUGAUGAUGACGACGAUGAUGACAGUGAUGAUAUUGAAAUGCCGACUAAAAAUGUCAGCAGGAGACAACCAAAACCAACAGAUCUGAACGAUAGUGAUAAUGACUUUUAAUGAUAUAAAGACUGACUUAGUUAUCUCCCCUUUAAGUGAUAACAUUGAUAAUCUGAAAACACAUUAGUUUGCCAGUCAGCAGUUGUAAUUAAGUUUAUUCAUCUUUUGACAUAGCAUUGAUUGCAUUUAACAUUGUUGUGCAAGAAGCACAAUUAAAAUUUGUAACAAAUCAGAAAUCAUGUAUCUUUAAAAGGGUACAAAAAGACUGUACACGUGUAAGUAGCUGAAGCUAUUUUUAAGUGAUCUGAUAUCCAAAUUAAGUGUUGAAGAAAUGAUUCAAACAUUCCGUCCAUAAGUUAUUUAUUUAUAUUGUAGCUGUAUUAUCAUGUUAGAGAAUUAAAUCUCAUCAUGAACAUCA